UGGUCUCCCGGCCUCCAGAGUCUGCUUGCUGAGAGGGUUCAGGAGGUCUCUUCAGCUUGAGUUGCAGUGCUUGGGCUAAAGUAACGCUUUGAUGAUCUUGGAUCUAAAGAAAGCUAAAUCCAUCAGAAAGACGUCUUGUUUUUCCUAGCUCUGUGUGUCCUGAAUUCUCACUAUGUCUGAUGGGGACUACGAUUACCUCAUAAAAUUUUUAGCACUCGGUGAUUCUGGAGUAGGAAAGACCAGCCUUCUUUACCAAUAUACAGAUGGCAAAUUCAAUUCCAAAUUUAUCACAACGGUGGGCAUUGACUUUCGGGAAAAGAGAGUGGUGUAUAGACCCAAUGGGCCAGAUGGCAUUGGUGGCAGAGGACAGAGGAUACAUCUUCAGCUCUGGGAUACUGCAGGGCAGGAAAGGUUUCGUAGCCUGACAACGGCUUUCUUCAGAGAUGCCAUGGGAUUUCUUUUACUCUUUGAUCUGACAAAUGAGCAAAGCUUUCUGAAUGUCAGGAACUGGAUAAGUCAGCUACAAAUGCAUGCAUAUUGUGAAAACCCUGACAUUGUAUUAUGUGGAAACAAGAGUGAUCUGGAAGACCAAAGAAUGGUGAAAGAAGAAGAAGCGAAGGAACUUGCAGAAAAAUAUGGAAUACCGUAUUUUGAAACCAGUGCAGCUAAUGGGAAUAAUGUAAGCAAAGCCAUUGAAACUCUGCUAGACCUCAUCAUGAAGCGCAUGGAACGGUGUGUGGAUAAAUCCUGGAUCCCAGAAGGGGUAGUGCGCUCCAAUGGGCACAGCUCUACAGAACAACUGAAUGAGGAGCAAGAAAAAAGCAGAUGUGGCUGUUAACUCAGUUACAAUUAAGUUUAAUGUAUAUCAUAAAGUAUAGUACAGUUGCAGCUUAACUGUUUAACUUAUGGGCAAAUCACACUGUAGUUAUUUAAUGAGCUAUGUUAAUCCUUGAUAUUAAUAUUUGGUUUUUUCCUCUCGACCAACAUUGAUCUUUGCUUGCAGUUUAUUAGUGAUGGGACAGAUGUUUAAUUAGGUGUAGCACUGGAUAUUCCUCUAAUUCUGUACUUUGGAGAGAAGGAGAGGAAUUUUCAUUACCAAUUACAGAAACAUCUUUCUGUAUGGGCGGUGAGAAAGGGUAGGCUUCUGAAUUGAAGGAUUUUCAGUUGCCUUUUGAAGGCUCCAUUAACUACACGCAUGAGGCAUUUAGACUAGAUAUUGUGACAGCUCUUAGUCUCUACUAACAGCAAGCUUACCAACAUGGUUCAUGGUUUUGAACAGAAACGUUUAAUCAUUUCAUCAACCAGUAACAAUCUGAAAGAGCAAAUCCUGUGUUUUCCACAAAAUCCUGCAAGUAGCUUUUCCUGCUCUCUCAAACCAUUGGUUUUUAGUGAUGAAAACCAAAAGAAAGCUAUUCUAUAUUGAAUAAAAAUUACAGAGAAGCACAGAGGUGCAUAUGUAGAGCACUUUGGGUAUGUCAUGAAAUUGAACAUGUAAACUACAACUGUACUAUAUAACAUAUAUCCAGCACAGACUAUGAGGCCUCCUGACAUCAUUUGAAUUUCUAGAACAUGCAUAUCCAUAUGUCUGUAUAUAAAAGGCGUAAUGGUACAGCUGUUGUUACGUUUCUUUUAUGUUACCACUCAUGUUUUAACAGGAGUGUAGGGCAACCUAGAUGUCAGCAAACUUUCAUCAGAGCUGCUGCGUUGCACUGAAUUUGUUUUACCAAACACCGAUUUAGAAAGUUUCUUCAAAUUUGGAUUGAAAAAAGAAUGAUGAUUGUCUUCUGGUGAGAUGCAGCUAAGGCACCAGUUCUGUCUAGAUCAGUAUUUCUAUAAAUUUAUAAUGCUCAUUCUGCCAACCUUUCUGUCCUGUACUUCAUGCUUAUCAUAUAUUCAUUUAUGGCUUGUUCAUUUCCUUUAGGUUGUAUUUAAAGAAUAGACACAAUUUUCUCCUCCCUUCCCCCCACCCCCCAAAUCACAUAAAUGUCAGUUUUGGUUUCAGUGGAUCAUGUUACUCUUUGAUCAUUUUAUUUAUUCGUACAACUAAGGAACAAUCAGUAUUUUUGGGGUCUUUUUUCCAGACUGAUAUAUAAGAUGUGCCUACCAAACUGUUUUCUACCCUGGCAGAGGUUGUAUAACUGUAAAGUAUUGCCAAUUAUUGCCAAUUAAAGUCACAAUAUGCCAAAUUGGGUCUUGUUGCAGACUUGCCUCAGCAGCCUGUUUACAGAACUCCGAAGCUAUUACUUCUUUGGAAAUUGCGUAUUUAUUUAUUUAAAUAGUGUAACUACUGCAGUUUCAGGCCAGCAUUGAUACCAGUUGUGAACAUGAACUGCAGCACAACAAGUUUUUUGAAGGACCAAAAAUGUUUCUAGAUUAGGAGCUAAUAAAAUAUAUUUUUUUUUUUUAAUGUAGCCUCUGGUUAUAUUAAUAAUACAAGAAUAAGUGUUAAAUCUUGGUUCUUAAAAUAUUUUACAUUGCAUUGUUCUCUAACAAACACAGCAUGUAAAUACUAGAUUUUUAUCACAGCCUACACAGAAUAUUUUAUAAGUGCAAUAUAAUUUGACUGCUCUGAGGCUAGGACAGAGAUUAAACCAAUUUAUACUGAAUAAAUGCAGGUGUGGGGUUUGUUUGGGGUUUUUUAUACAACACCAAGAUUCUAAAAUGCUUGUGGACCGGAGUUACUGUCAUUUAAUUCAGAGUGCCUUGUGAAGUUACCAUCAUGUUUCUUACCAGUAGAAUAUCAAACGCUGCUGUAGGACACAAUAUAUUUCAAUGUACUUGUGUGUCUGAAUUUCUUCUAAUGUAACUCUUUGCUUUUCAGAGGGUUGCAGUGCAACUUUGUCAUGCAUUAAUGGGAGUUUUUGUGCUUAUAGCUCCGUCCAGUUCCUGAAAAUAUUAAGGAUUAUUACAACCGACUACUGAGCUAAGUGACUACUGAAAUGGUGUAAAAAUAUUUCCUUUUGAAUACUUAUAUUUAGAUUGGAUAUUAAAUACUGAAACUGUAAUAUUUUUGUCAUGCAUAUUUUAUGUAACUAUUUACUGUAUAAAGACAGUCUACAUAAAAUUGAUUUGAUGUCAGCCUUUGAAAUGUGCCAUAAGAUUUAUCUGUUUGAAUUAUUCUGUGAUAAAACUUUUGUUCCCUUUUUAACUCUCAUGAGAGAUCAUGGUAGGUGUUCCUUAACAGUGAGUUACACUAUUCUUACUAGCCUAGCCCUGGCUUUACAAAACAAACAAGAUUUCUCAUGUGAUGAAAACCUGUUAUUUCUAGAAGAGUUGUCUCUAUCCAGCGUCAGACAAAAAUGGUGAUCUAUAAUGGAACAAAGUUUUGGAAAUUAUUCCCAUUAUGAUGCGUUGUCCCAAGAUUUCUUAUAUCUUAUAAAAUAGUUAAACAUUCUU